UAAUCUCAGGGUGCCAGAGACCAUUUAGCCUACUGAGGAAGCGUGUUUAAAAUCAGCCAAGAACUGAAACUAGUGUCUUUUCGUCUUCUAAGAGCGAGAGUAAUUUUCCGUCAAGAGGCUGGAAGACGCUCUCGGGCAUCGGAGUGGCAGACAAAAAUUCGACAUGGGCCGUUUUACGAAGGCUUUGCUUCCGUUGGUGGUCCUCCUCCAAGUGCUGUCACGCGCGGAGGGCGAAGUGGCUCUCGUAGACAACGUUUAUGAGGGCCUGGUGGUGGCUCUUGACCCGAACCUCCCAGCGGCGACGGAGAUAGAUCAGCUGGCGAUUAUCGAUAGUGUCCAGGCCGUGCUGACGAAGGCUUCGGAGGCAAUCCACGCUGCUACAGACACCCGCACGAGGCUUGGCUUGGUCACGAUUGUGCUUCCGAGGUCCUGGACGGUCGCAGCAGAGGCAGACGCAUCAGGACGAGAAACAUGGACCGAAGCCCAGGUGCGCGUGGUGACCAAUGGGCGCUACGGCGACACCCCCCGGGCCGAGCAGGGGGGGCGGUGUGGGGUCCCUGGCACCUGGCUGGAGGUGCCAGUGCAGUUCGCGCAAGACCUAGCUAUUCAGGCACGCUACGGCAGUGCUGGUAAAGUGAUGGCACAGGAAUGGUUAAAGUACCGUUACGGAGUGUUCGAGGAGCACGGGUACCCGGGGGACGAACGCUACCCGCACGCGUACCUCGACGUGCUGAGCAAUACGACGCGGGUCACAGGUUGCACCGACCAUGACCUGUUGCAAGGAGCGUGGGUUGACAGCACUGGCAUGGAGUGUGACCCCUUGGCGACGGAUGUUACCAAGCCCGACCCAGACUGCCGAUACCGAGCUGAUAGUACCACCAGCGACACUUCAAUGAUGUUCCUUUCCCACUUAGAGUCCGUGACACGUGUCUGUACAGCCCAGACACACGACAGCCUCGCCCCGACACGGCAGAACCGCCUGUGCCACGGUGCCAGCGUGUGGGAGAUCAUGGGACAGCAUGUCGAUUUUGCUGAAGGCAACAACCCCGGAGAAGGAGGCAGCGCUGACCCUACUCCCAGCUUCCGUACCGUGAAGACCACCAACCCAGCUGUUUUCUUGCUUUUAGACGACAAUUGUGGAAUAGAGAAAUCAGGAGUAGAUUGCCAAGGACUCAUUGUAUACAACGCCUUGAAGCCAGUAAUCGAAGGAUUGUUUGACCAAGACAUCCCGUACCUUGGCAUCGGGAAGUACAGGGAUAGGCUAUCUGCUAUCUACAAGACAGUCUUGCAAGAGAAGGAAAGUAUUGACAAGAAUGACUUCCUGGACUUCAUUCCUUUCGCCCCGAAAAAGGACUAUGUUACCCAGCCGGAAAAUGCGUUGGAAAAGGUCCUCAAUGCUCUUAAUAGUUUUACAGAAUACACGGGCGAAGUGAACAUCCUGUUAGUGCAGAUGAUCAAUACCAAUGAUCCCGGAACAAGCUAUCCGUCAUUGAUUUCGGAGAAGGUGAAAGUAACAAGUGUUCUUUACGGCUACGAAAAUUACAACAGCUGGUUGCCCGAACUCGCUGCCUUAACAGGAGGGACAUUUUACAUCAGCCCCACCUAUGACCCUAUGCACGCGAGACAGGCACUCAUCAGCCUUCAACCGGACCCCACUGAAGUUACUCUCCUGCGCCAGACUAAAUCAUUGGAAUCUGCGGUAACAGUGCCAAUACUUGUAGAUUCAUCCUUGGGACUUGAGACCUAUUUUUAUGCCAACUUUUCGGCGUCAGAAGUGAGCUUCACACUCAUCAGCCCGGCAGGAGAUGAGACGGAGAUUCCUUCGCCUUAUACUCAUACUGUGAAUGAUGCUGCAGUUGGUACUUGGAAAAUGGUGCUGAACAGUACAGAUGGGGGCACAGUCGACAUCCUGGUGACCUCGAAUCGCCGUAGGAACGGAAACGACGUGGAAGUCAAAACCUGGACGUCUGCUUCCAGUCAGGGCACGCUGGACUUGGACACCAGCGGCCUGAUCUUUUACGUCUCUGUCACGCAAGAGAACGUGGCUGUGAAAGGGCUGCACGUCACUGCCACGUUCUACUCGGGAAUAUCCACUGCGGGCCAAGUGUCUGUUACUUUAAGCGAUGACGGUUAUGGCGACCCUGACAUCCAACUUCACGACGGCAUAUACUCUGGUUACGUCACGGACUUCGGCUUGCACGCGUCCAUAGAAGCUGAAUUAUAUGUUGACGUCACAGUCCAGCCCUCUACCGGCUCACUAGCACCUCCUCCUGUGGGUAGCAGAGCUCUGCCCCAAGACCCAUUCGAAGAAGCACCAUGCUGUGGGUCUGUUGCUCCUGGAGCCGUGAGCCUCGAGGUAAAUAGAUUCAUCACUGGCUCGACUGCGGUCACCAUCCUCAACGGUCCUUCAUUUGGUACAUAUGACCCGCCUCCGAGCAGGAUUGAAAGCUUGGUAUCAGUAGCAGUGGAUCAGGAUGGGCCGGUGAUCGAGGCUGGCACUGUCAAAGUUACACUGAAGUGGAAUGCCCCGGGAAAGGAUUUUACGCAGGGAAAAGGAUUAAUCACCGGUUAA